AUGUCUGCAACUGAGACCAUUGAACUGGCAAGUCUUGGCCGACCAUUUCAGCUGGGCAUGCUUUAUGACUGCCGAAGAGAUGUCCUCAUUCCAGGAAUAACUCUCUGGGAUGCUGAGAUGCUGAAGAAGAAUAUUAAUGUACGGCCACAGCCCAAUACUGACUUCAAAAUCAUUGCCUCAGAUUCAAGCGAAGACAAAGCAGAAGCCUUGAAUAUUUCUGCAUCUCUUGAAGCCAGCUUUAUAGGUGGAUUAGUUAAAGUGAAAGGGUCAGCAGACUUUUUAAAAAAUAAAAAGAAAUCUAAACAUCAGUCUCGAGUGACCUUACAAUAUCGAACAACCUCACGUUUUGAGCAGUUAACUAUGGAGCAUCUGGGAGCAGGGAACAUAAAGCAUUGCAAUGUACUGCAGGAGGGCUCAGCCACACAUGUUGUUACAGGUCUACUGUACGGAGCUCAAGCGUUCUUCAUUUUUGACAGAGAGGUUUCAUCUAAUGAAAACCAUCAAGAGAUACAUGGUGAGCUCCAAGCAGCAAUCAAAAACAUUCCUUUAAUAUCAGUUGAAGGUCAGGCAUCAGUGAACAUAAGUGAAUCAGAACAGGAUAAAAUAAAUAAGUUCAGCUGCACUUUUCAUGGAGAUUUUGCCCUGGAGAACAAUCCAGUGUCUUAUGUGGAUGCCAUCAAGGUGUACUCAGAGCUACCAAAACUGCUGGGAGAACAUGGAGAGAACACUGUGCCUAUAACCGUGUGGCUUUACCCCCUGAAAAAACUAGAUUCACAAGCUGCACAGUUAGUCAGGGAGAUCAGUGUCAGUCUAGUGCGAAGUGCACAACGGAUCAUGGAAGAACUGGAUAACUGUGACAUUCACUGCCAAGACCUGAUGAGGGACAAUAUCGCCACUCAGUUCCCCGAAAUCAAAACCAAAUUAAGAAAAUUUAAAGACCUCUGCUCAGAGUAUAAAACUGUUUUUCAAAAACAUCUCUGCAGUCUUCUUCCAUCUAUCAGGGGUGGAGGAACAGAAGAACAAGAGCUUGUUGAUGUUCUGAAUGACAAAGAAAGAUCCCCAUUUCAGGGUGCUCUGGUAAACAAGUAUCUACAAGAGCGAGAGCGAGAGAUGAAUGUUGUCAGAUCUUACCUGGACAUCAUGAAAGAUGUUCCUGUUUGUUCAUCCAGCAACGACUUGGACAAGGUUGUCUUGAAGCCAUCCAGUCACUAUGUCAUAGCCUUUGCACUCUCUUCCUUAGAUGAAAAUGAACUGUACAUUUUAGACUUGGAGAAUUACCUGAAAAAUCAAGCACGCAACAAUGGAGAGCAAGAAAGUUAUGAUCAAAACUCUUCAAAGAAGACAGAGAGAUGGUUUUCCUCAGGAAAUGUAACUGCACUUACCAGGGAAACUAUACAGGCCUUCCUAGAUUUUAAAGAAGCCAAUAGAGGAAGAGAGAAUAUUGAAUUCUGCAUUGCAUCAAUCCCAGAUGAACUCAGCUCUGCUUCUUCAAUUCAUGUGUAUGAGAGAGGCAGACUCUUAAACUCCCAGUUUGAGCUUCCCUCAAAACCACCAACACCGGUCAUCUUGAGUGCUGAACAUGACUGCAUUAAUCUGCAAAUCAAUCCUCCUGACCGUGGUGUAAGGUUUGUGACCUCCUACUGUAUCUCAUAUCAGUCUGCACAGAGCUCUGAAUGGACAGAGGUGUUUACUGAAGGGGUUUCAGAUCAGGUCACUGUGAAGCACUUACAGCCGAAUAAAGAAUAUCGUUUCACCUGUAAGGCUGUGUGUCGUCCAGGAGUGAGUCUAGCAAGUGACUCAACAUCUUUCUUUAAGACUCGUCCAUGUGCUCCUCCAGGAGCACCUACGGUGAAAAGAGCUGAAUCUGAGUCAGUAACUGUAGCUUGGGAUGUUCCUACAUCUGUGGGUGAAGAUGUUCUGGUCACUGGUUAUGUGCUGGAGUUCAGAGAAUAUACAAAAGAUCAGGAAAACGAAAAGCGAUGGAACGCUGUGAAAUGUACAAGCAGAGAGUGCACUCUUCAGGGACUGAAAGAAAACACAGAUUACACAGUCAGAGUUUCUGCUAAAUGUGGAAAUUAUGGAGAGAGUCUCCACAGCCCCAAAAUGAUGUUUUCAGCCAGUUAUAAGAGUAAACCAUCAAAUAAGGAUGGGAGUGAGCUGUUCGUGAAUCAAGCAACAAGAAUAAAAAAGGGAAAUCCAUCAACCCAUGCACUGACACUUCACAACAAAAUGGUAGAAAGUGUCCAUUUUAAUCAGUAUGUAUUUGGAAAAAAAGUGGAGGAUGUGAAAAACAAAGUCAUUCUUCUUCUAGGAUCAACAGGAGCAGGAAAAACCACGCUGAUCAAUGUGAUGGUCAAUUACAUACUUGGAGUAAAGUGGGAGGAUGGCUAUCGCUUUAAACUGAUCAAUGAAGUGACGAAUCGCUCACAAGCAGAGAGUCAGACAUCUAAAGUCUCAUCUUACGAGCUGUACAAUCAGCCUGGCUUUCAAAUUCCCUACUCCCUCACAAUCGUAGAUACUCCAGGAUUUGGGGACACAAGAGGAAUUGCACAUGACAAACUGAUAACAGAGCAGCUUAAAAGCUUUCUUUGCAGCCCUUUGGGAAUCGAUCACAUUGAUGCCGUCUGCUUUGUUGUCCAGGCCUCUCUUGCCCGAUUGAGUGCCAACCAGAAGUAUAUCUUUGACUCAAUCUUAUCCACUUUUGGAAAAGACAUCGCAGAGAACAUUAUAGUUAUGGUGACAUUUGCUGAUGGUAAAGAGAUCCCAGUUCUAGAAGCCAUCAAAGCAGCAGAUCUGCCAUGUCAAAAGAAUAAAAAGGGACAACCAACGCAUUUCAGCUUCAACAACUCAGCUAUGUAUGCAGACAAAAAAGUAGAAGCGCCUACAACCUCUGACAAUGAUUCAGAUGACGAUGAUGAUGAUGAUGACAAACUGAUCAAGCUUGUCUGGGAUAAAACCUUUAAACAGAUGAGGGCUUUUUUAAAGGCACUGGGGACCAUUGAAAGUAAAGAUCUGAAGCUCACUAUAAAGGUCUUGGAGGAACGGGAGCGCCUUGAGAAAGCUAUGACAAGUCUGACCCCUCAAAUAUCUGCUGGUCUCUCUAAAAUGAGCGAGAUUAAAAAAUUCAAGCAAUGUUUGGAAAAUGAGAAUGAGAACAUGGCACAAAAUGAGGAUUUUGAGCAAGAUGUAGAGGUGGUAAAAGCAAACAGAACCCCAGUGAACUGUUUUACCAUGAAUUGCAACAACUGUUUAUUCACAUGCCACUCCAACUGCUUCUUGCCUGCAGCGGACCCCAUGCAAACUUGUGCUGUGAUGGAGGCCAACCACUGCAUCAUCUGCCCUAAAAACUGCCAUUACUCUGCUCAUUCAAGGGAAAGGUUCAUGUGGACAUAUGAGACAACAAUAGAGAAAAAAACCAUUAAAGAACUAAAGGACAACUUCAUGAAGGCAAAAGGAAAGUUUAUGGACUCCAAGCAAAUACUUGAUGCACUUGAAAAAGAACUGCAUUUAAUUCAGGACAAGCUAAUGAAGUUGAUCAAACUGUCCUCUGAUUGCAUAAGAAGACUGGACGAAAUUGCAUUGAAGCCAAAAUCUCUCUCAACAGCAGAAUACCUUGAAAUUCUGAUCAAAACCGAGAAGGAGGAGAAAACCCCUGGCUUUGAGGACCGUAUUGUAGGACUUGAGAAAAUGAAACAAGAAACUCUUAUUCUGGAAAAAAUUGCUAAAGGAGUUGAUUUGCUCGAAACAGAGCGCAGCAUCAUUACAGAGAGAGAGAUGAGAAUGAAGACUGUAGCCCUGAAGAUUAUGAAAAUGAAGAAAUCUGUUAGUGCUUUACAGUCUCAGAGCCACAAGGAAGGAUCCGAUCAAAAGAAGUGA